AUGAUAAGAGUAAAGUCGAAAUUAAGAUGGAAAAGGCUGAAGAACCCAAGACUGAGGAAGUUAAGGCUGAGGAGCCCAAGACUGAAGAACCUAAGGCUGAAGAACCCAAGACUGAAGAACCCAAGACUGAAGAGCCCAAGACUGAAGAACCUAAGGCUGAAGAACCCAAGACUGAAGAGCCCAAGGCUGAAGAGCCCAAGGCUGAAGAGCCCAAGGCUGAAGAGCCUAAGGCCGAAAAACCCAAGACUGAGGAAGUUAAGGUUGAUGACAAUGCAAAGAAAGAAUAAAAUGCUUAUUGGUUGA